AUGACGUCCGCCACACCCCCUUCCUCCCGUAGCUCCUCCCCCCAGAAAGUGUGCCACUCCCAGACCAGCGGACAUUCUGAAACCCUGCUGGGCGGCGGCCUCUCUGGCGCGGGCGGGACUCUGAGGAAGAGGAGGCGGGUCCUGUAAGAUGGGCGGAGCAACGUGCGCAUCGAGCACAUCAGUGGGCAGAGCUCUCUGUACAUGCGUGACCUGUACACAUUCCUGGACAUGCAGUGGCGCUACAAGUUCUUCCUGUUCACCGCCACCUUUGCGGGGACGUGGUUCUUCUUUGGGGUGCUGUGGUACCUGCUGGCGCUGGCGCACGGCGAUCUGCUGGAGUUUGACCCUCCGUCCAACCACACGCCCUGUGUGCUGCAGAUGCAGACCCUGACGGGCGCCUUUCUGUUCUCGCUGGAGUCCCAGACCACCAUCGGUUACGGCUUCCGCUGCAUCACGGAGGAAUGCCCGGUGGCCAUCGUCCUCCUCAUCAUCCAGCUGGUCCUCACCAUGCUGAUGGAGAUCUUCAUAACUGGAACCUUCCUGGCUAAGGUUGCUCGGCCGAAAAAGCGAGGCGAGACCGUAAAGUUCAGCCAGCACGCUGUGGUGUCGACACAGGAGGGUCGACCCUGCCUGAUGAUCAGGGUGGCCAACAUGCGCAAAAGUCUUCUGCUGGGCUGCCAGGUCACUGGUAAGCUGCUCCAGACAUCCCUGACCAAGGAGGGUGAAACGGUCCGUCUGGACCAGAGGAACGUUACCUUCCAAGUGGACACGUCCAGCGACAGCCCCUUCCUCAUCCUGCCACUCACCUUCUCCCACAUCAUUGACGACGCCAGCCCUCUGAAAGCCUGGGCGGCCAAGGGUGGCGGCUGGACGGACCCAGACUUGGCCGACUUCGAGUUGCUGGUGAUCUUGAGCGCCACCGUGGAGCCGACCUCAGCCACAUGCCAAGUCCGCACGUCCUACCUGCCCGACGAGAUCCUUUGGGGCUACGAGUUCCCCCCCGUCGUCUCCCUCUCCCAAUCGGGUAAAUACGUGGCGGACUUUUCUUUCUUCGACAAGGUGGCCAAGAGCAAAAGCCCGCCGGUCUUUAAACCUUCCAGCCACGCCUACCAGAGCAACGGGGGCGGGACUGUUCCCGAGGCGUCCGACAAAGAGAAGAUCCGCCUGGAGCAGAGCUACCGAGAGCGCGGGGAGGACCGCGAGCGGGUCAGGGACUCUAAGAUUAGUGUGCGCAUUAGCAACGUGUGAAGAACGCGGAGCGGCACUUCAAUAGUACUUCAAAAUAAAAUGGUGGGAGGCGGUACACUAGAACGUACACAAUGACCUCGGCCAUGCCCGCACAUGGUGAUAUAUAUUUUAAAAAAAUAUUAAAAACACUACAUUUACUGUCUUUUGUCCACACACUAACUGUGCCUUUGCCAGAAAUGACUCUCUUCAGGCUUCUGAUUGGCCACAAUGGCCUGAAGGUUUGGAAACUUCAGCGCCCCCUGUAGCUUUGGCAUACACACAGCAGCUUGCUAAUGUGUUUGAACCCCGAAUGCAGCUGAGAUAGGCUCCAGCACCCCUCUCGCGACUACAAAUGGGACAAGCGGUAGAAAAUGGAUGGAUGGACAGAGUGCGGACAGCGCUUUGAAAAAAUAUCAGUGUACGUGUGGACCUGAACUGUAAUGUUAAAAAAAGAAGUUGUUACACUAACAGAACAUAACACCACCUAACCUCAUUAAGUGUUUUCAUUUGAACGACAUGCCACACAAUCAUGUAUUUAUCAAGUAAAUGAAGGAAUACUACGAAAAUAUCUAAAAAAUAAAAUAGCUAACUUGCCGUGA